AUGAAUGUUUGCGGAAAUACGGAAAAACUGGCCCAGCAAGUGUCGCCACUUGGGAAAUAUGUUCUGAUAACAGGAUGUGACUCGGGUUUUGGUCAUCAGCUGGCACAACGUCUGGAUGAACGAGGAUGUAACGUUAUAGCGACGUGUCUGUUAGAACGAGGGUCCGGAGCCACUGAAUUAAAACGAGUCUCAUCUGAGCGCAUGCGCGUGCUGUGUCUUGACGUCACUUCCGAUAACAGCGUCGGACAAUGUAUGGCGCGUGUGCAAAGCAUAGUUGGCGAGGCAGGCCUUUGGGCGCUUGUUAACAACGCUGGAACCAUGCCGCUUGGCGACAUAGAGUUUUACAGCAUGGAUGAUUUCAAACACACAGCGGAAGUCAAUAUGUUUGGCAUGGUGCGCGUGACCAAAUCCUUUUUGCCUCUCAUCAGAAAAUGCCAAGGUCGAAUUGUGAACGUGACGAGCGUCCAGGGACUAGUCUGCACAACCCACUGUGCUGCUUAUAACAUCAGUAAAUUCGCAGGAGAGGCGUUUUCAGAUUCGCUCCGAAUGGAAAUGGCACGGUUCGGAAUCAAAGUGUCCAUUAUAGAACCUGGAAACUAUGGCGGAGGAACGGGGAUGUUGGGAAAUAUGGAAACCCAUCGAAAGAACUACGAUAGGAUGUGGCGUGAGGCAAGUGAUGACGUCAGAGAGGUCUACGGCAGACAAUACCUGGAGGAUUGCUACACAAAACUGAUUGCUGCAGCCAGACUCGGACGCAAAGACCUGACCCCUGUCCUUGACUGCAUGGAGGAUGCGGUGUUAGCGGCAACACCCCGUCAUCGAUAUCUGAUAGAUGGAGGAAACUCACUAUUUGAUAUCUACUGCGUAAGGGGUUUAGUCUUCAUCACGUUGUUUGCGGAUGUUCUUGCUCGUCUUAAAGCGUUUAUUCCUACACCUCUGUACGAUUACAUAGCACGGGAGUAUCUGUAGACGGUGAGAUGGUGAGACUCAUUUGAAUUUGUAGUUAGGAAAUAAAGUUUGCUUUACCCCUA